GAGCCGCUGUGAAAUUUCACGUGAUAGUAUUCUUCAGGGAUCAUGUCUUUUUUCGGGAAUACUAGUGCUCUGGGCACCAGCACACCGGCUAAGCCUACUGGAUUUGGCAGUUUUUCUUUUGGCGCACCAACCUCAACUCAACAACCCUUCGGCCAAACUCCAGCUUUUGGGGCUCCAUCAAGUGCUCCCUCGUUCAAUUUCGGCGCUCCUACCACAUCUGCUCCAACUUUGGGAGGAUUUGGAGGCUUUGGAACAACGACAACGUCAGCCCCAUCGUUUGGUGGCUUCGGAACUACCACCACCACGAGCGCAGCUCCAGCUUUCGGGGGAUUUGGAUCAACUGGCUUUGGAGGUUUCGGUUCCUCAGCCACAACAACACCCGCUCCAUCGUUCUCAGGCUUUGGUCAAACAACUCAGUCGGGAUUUGGAAGCUUUGGUACGGGCUUUGGUGGCUUUGGCCAGCAAAAACCUAUAACAUCCACCGCUCCGGCGUUUGGAGGAUUCUCAGGAGGCUUUGGGGCCCCUCAACAACAACAGCAAACUCAACUGACACCAGAUGAAGCUUUUACUCAAUGUAUUUUCAAGGUAUCCUUCUUCGGAGACGAACGGGAUACGACAAUUGCACGAUGGAAUUACUUGCAAGCUAUGUGGGGCACCGGGAAAGCGUACUACACUCAAAUGGCACCUCCCGUGGAAAUAACACCGCAGAAUCCCCUGUGCCGCUUUAAGGCUAUGAGCUAUAAUGAAAUUCCUGGAAAAGACAACAAGAUGGGAAUGGUUGGAUUAGUGUUCAACAAAUCUCUGGCACAAAUCAAAGAUCUCCAGCUCCAACUCGUGCCUACAUUGAACCAAAUGCUGGGUGGGAAUCCUAAUGUGUCCAUAAAUAUUGACAAUGUGCGGGGAUUGAGUGAUGAGAAGAGCCAGGUUACGAUCUACGUGGAGGAAAAGUCACCCAACACAAACGAGGUGAAGAGAGUGUCUGCCACAAAUCUUGCAAAUUAUCUAAAUCAACCAAUGACAAAGGGUCAACUCAACAACUUUGCCAUAGAGCAAAUUGUGGCGCAAGUGCAGCCUGAUGAGGAUCAGUUGAAGGAAUAUCUGAUGAAUCCACCACGAGGAAUCGAUCCGCGCAUGUGGCGACAGGCCAUUCAAGACAAUCCAGAUCCCACGAGACUUAUUCCCGUGCCGGUGAUUGGUUUUCAAGAACUAAAGUGGCGCACAAAGUGUCAAGAAGUUGAGACUGACAUGCAUAAUCAAUACUUGGCCAAAGUCACGAGAGAUCUGGAGAAUCUCAAGCAACGCCACACGAGCUCCACGGCCAAGAUUAUGGAGUAUCGUCGUAAGUUUGCCGAACUGAGCCAUCGCAUCCUCAAGAUCAUUGUAAAACAGGAGAUCACACGAAAGAUGGGUGUAGCCAUGUCACCUGAGGAGGAGAUUCUGCGAAGCAAGUUGGAGAAUAUGCAAGCUCUAGUAUCGGCGCCAACGCAGUUCAAAGGCCGUCUCAGUGAGUUAUUGUCUCAGAUGCGGAUGCAGCGUGAUCAAUGGAGUCACUCGGGUGGCAGUAAUGAAUAUAAGUUAGAUAAGGACUCCACCGAUGAGAUGCAGACGUUCCUCGCAAUGCAGCAGAAAGCCAUGGCACUCCUCAUUGAGACCAUGAACAAGGACAUCAGGGCACUUAAAAUCAUAUCAGACGAUGCCAGUCAUAUGAUGAGAGGAUAAAUUCCACUUAUUGCUUCAAUGAAAAUUAAUAAAACAUUAUAUUGUGAAAUUAAUACAUAUGUAGAUGCCUUGAGUAACAU